AAAUAAUUUGAGCUUACUUGAAUGAUGGACAGUAACAGAGGAAAAACUGUGCUGAUAAGCUCUACCAAAGGGGAGCAGUUUCACAUGAACGCAGGUCUCAAGAGCAUGUCUCGCCGUCUGCGCUCCUCCUGGAAAGUUCAGCCUCUUAAAGAUGACCUGACUGAGAACUCAUUGUCAUCAGCCCAGCUCCUCAUCUUUAUUGGCCCUAGGGAGAAGUUCACUAAAACAGAGUUCGACGCUGUUAACGGAUUUGUAAGGAACGGUGGAUCGUUGCUAUUAUCAUUGGGGGACGGAGGAGAGGGCAAAUACGACACUAACAUAAACUUCCUGCUGGAAGAUUACGGGAUAAUGGUUAACAGUGACAGUGUUGUCAGAACCAGCUAUUACAAAUACUUUCACCCCAAGGAAGCACUUAUAGCAAACGGAGUGUUAAACAGAGAAAUAAAUAAGGCGGGCGGCAAAUUUGUUCCCGGAGUUUCUGAUUACGACAACGAGAGCACCCUAGGACAAUGUUUGACGUAUGUUUACCCCUAUGGAGCUACCCUACACGUGGUUAAGCCUUCAGUUCCAGUCCUAUCCACAGGAUCCACGUCGCUGCCCAUCAACAGACCAGUUUGUGCGUUCCACCAGACACAAUCUGGCGGGAAACUGUGUGUACUCGGCUCCUCCCACAUCUUCUCCGACCAGUUCAUUGACAAGGAGGAAAAUGGGAAAGUAUUCGACGUUAUCAUAGAUUAUCUUACUUCGGAAAAGGUUAAUCUGAAUAGCAUAGACGCAGAAGACCCUGAGAUCUCAGACUACCAGUUCCUGCCGGACACCCCCAAGCUAGCAGACAGACUCAAGGCCUGUUUACAGGAGGGUGAUGAGAUUCCACGUGACUUCACUAAGAUAUUCGAACACUCUCUCUAUAAACUAGAUAACGCCCUGGUUCCUAAGGUCAUCAGAUCAUACGAAGUAUUGGAAAUGAAACACGAGCCCCUAUCUCUAAUCCAGCCUAACUUUGAAACCCCUCUCCCACCAUUGCAACCGGGGGUCUUUCCUCCUGUCUUCAAAGAACUGCCGGGUCCCGCUCUGGAUCUGUUCGACCUGGACGAGCAAUUUGCAUCCAGCAAAACCAAGCUCGCCCAAAUAACCAACAAGUGUGGUGAUGAUGAUUUGGAGUAUUACAUACGAGAAUGUGGUGGAAUUCUGGGCAUCACCAACGACAGUUCAGGACCUAGGGAUGCUAAACAUAUCCUGGAACACAUCUUCUUCCAGCUUGUUGAGUAUAAGAAGGUUAAUCAGGAGACUGCAUAGAGAGAGAAAGAGAGAGAGAGAGAGAGAGAGAGAGAGAGAGAGAGAGAGAGAGAGAGAGA